AUGGCUGAAUCCGAUCUUACCGGGAAAGUAGCCAUCGUCACCGGAGGAUCUAAGGGUAUUGGCGCAGCUACUUGCCUUGCCCUCGCAAAUGCUGGUGCAUCGGUUGUGCUCAAUUACUCCUCUGAUGCCACCCAGGCCAACGAAGUUGUCCAACAGAUUGGCAAGGACCGAUCGUUAGCAAUCAAGGGUGAUGCUGGUUCCCUUACCUUCAUUGAGGAUCUGGUCAUGCAAACCGUGGACGGGUUCGGAAAAAUCGACAUCGUCAUUCCCAACGCUGCUGUGCUCCCUAUGAACAACCUUGAGACCGCUACGGAGGCAGCUUUCGAUUAA